UGGUUUAUUUCGAGCUCUAGUCUCGGCCCUUUCUCCACGGUUGCUAUAGGCCACGAGCUUCGUUUGAACUCGCCAAUAGGAACGCCGUGAGUGGCGCUGCUGCUGGGCGGAGCCGCCAGUUCAAAUGUGCCAUUUCAACAAUUUGCGUUGUUGCAAAGUUCUUUCUUCGCUCCUGUAGCCUCGGGAGAGUGAGUGUCGGGGACGGCUUGGAAGCCAGUUCUGCUGGCUGGGGUGGCGUUCAUUGGUCGCCCCCGGAGCCGGUGGCGGUGCAUUUGGUCUUAGCGGCGCUUGGGAGGCAGAGUGGCGGCGAGUUUAACGCAGGUGUGAAUUGUCCGCAAGGAUCCCCCUUCAGUUAUACCAUGGAAGAAGGACAAAUCUUGCCUUCAGAAUGUAAAUUGGUGGAAAUCAAACCUAAUGACAAUGUGAAUAAUGGAGAGACUAAAGCCAGAUAGAACUGGGGCUGUGUGAGAUUUCUCAUCCUACUUGUCUAUACAUCUAGUGCACAGUCUAUUACAAGCUGCAGAGAACAGUUGCCUGGGAAAAAGCUUGAAAUCACUCCUGCAAAUAGACUGCCCCUUCCUGACUGAUGAAAAAUUUGACUUUGACCUUUCACUGUCUCCUUCAAGUGACCAUGAGGAUGAAGUCUUUGUUGGACCAAUGGGCCAUAAAGAAAAAUGCAUUGCUGUGUCACUAGAAGCCCAUGAAGGGAGUGAAGAUAAAAUUCUACCAGCACCUGGGGAUAAAUUAACAUGGAGCCCACUUGCUGGGGAGAAAUAUGUGGAAAUUUUUAAAGAGGCUCACUUGGUGGCUAUUCAGUUGCAAAGCGGGAGCAAACCCAAAAGAAAUGCUGGCAAGCAGGAAGAACAAAAGGCAGAGGUCUCUGACACAUUUGUGCAAGACUCAAAGUUGAAGCAGAAAAUCUUUGAGAACGGAAUAGAAAUUGAAAAAACGCCCAGGAUGGUUAAGAGAGAGACUUAUUGUGUGUGGGAAAGCCCAUUAUGUCAAAUGGCGCCUUCAUUUCAGAAGUAUUCAAGGCAGCCUGUCACAGAAAUAGACAAUUCACAUUCUCCACAAAUGCCUGUAAAUACACCUAGUCCUGGAAUGAAUACAUUAACCAAAAUAGCUUUCACGCCUUUAACACAAGGACAUAGUCACAAAAACAAUAAAAAGACAAGCACACUGCAGACUAUAAAGACUUCCGCUGCUUCUGGACAUAGCAACUACUUCGCAUUGGAACAGUCAAAACAAGGAAAACCACGUAGCUUUUCCAGCAAGAAUCACUUGAACAGUCUGGGGUCAUCUGAAGACUUGCUUUCUGACAAAUCAAGUAUUGCUCCAGAUGUAGGAGACUUGUCAUUCUGUAACAGUUCAGUGGUGCAAGACAAGAGAACUCUUCCUACUCCUAGCAAGCUCGGGAUAAAGACAACGCAAUUGAAACCACCUAGUAGCGUUCCUAUACGGAGGAACACUUCAUCUUCAUCAUCCUCCCUUUCCAGUUUGAACUCAAGUUUUAAUUCAAGUCUGUCCACUUCUCCUAACAGAGGGAAUGUUAAAAUGAUUGUUGGUGCAAAGGCUUCUUUGAAAAACUCCAGGUUGUCCCUCAGUACAAGCAAGAUUUCUGUGGUUAGACCUAUGAGUGUGUCAUCUAUGCAGUCUUCUCAUUUUGAUGCCUCUGGAAAGCAACAACAGUCUACCAGUGCUAUUAAAAGAAAUCCUUCUAUGAAUGUCCCCAAAUAUAAAGCUAGUCUCACAUAUGAGAGUUCAAGCAGUGGGAUUCGGAGAGAAAAUUCAGAAUCUAAUCUUCAGAAAUUAUCCCAAAGAUUUGUAUUUGGAAAUAUAAGAACAAAUUCAUGUUCCAAACCCAACACUAAAACAGUAUUGACACGCCCAACAAAGGAAGAGAGAGAUUCAGAAAAGGCAGCAGCCAAAAUAUUGCAGCCAAUUAAGUUAUUAUCCUAUGGCAAUAUUGAAAGCAAUGUUGCAGGCAGCCCACCUGUCAAACCAUCAGAAGACAGGACUUUGUCAAAUUCCUGUUCUGUUGCAAAGUCUGCUCUACGGACUCCAGCCAGUGCAAAGCAUUCUUCAUUGCCUACACCCAUUGGUCGUCGUAUGUCAGGAAUUCCAACAAUGACACCGAAAACUGUGCCCAGAUUAACAUCUUCUCCCAAUCUUAUUCCUGUUCGUCAUGUCUCCAGUGUGUCCUCCAAAAAGACUCUAGCACCUAGUUCUAAAUGGGCAAAGAACAAGGCACAACUGACCUCCAGCUCAUCAUCUGAAGGGGACUUGUCUCCGCCACAAGUUGUAUCUAUUGCACUUGAUUUUUCACCAGAGAAGGCUUCUGUAGAAAUGGUACAAGACUUGGCUGAAAUUAAAAAACCAGCUGAAGAAAUGCAAGCUAAGGAGGGAUUGCUGAUAGAUACUAAAAUAAAUAAAACACCAAUUCCUAUCCAGGAAUGUGAAAACAAACCACUCAUUGAUCUCUUUAACACUCCUGAAAUUAUUAAAGCUCCUCUAAUGAAGCCUACAGAACAGCUAAUUGAUUUGAGUUCACCUCUUAUUGGACUUAGUCCUGAAGGAAAUAAAGAGAAUCUGCAUUCUCCUCUACUGAAAUUCUGAUCUCUUGGACCAAAAUUAAUCUCCACUAGCAUGGAAGUGUGUGUGUGGCGGAUGGCACGACUUUCUUCACUGAAAUAGUGGAUGUAACAUAAAUACAUUAAAAAAUAUAUGAGAUAAUUGUUUGAAAUUUAAAUGGGGCACUUGAAUAAAAUGUUAAUGUGUUGCUGCUAGGUAGAAUGGGGAAGGUGGUAUUUAAUUUUUGAUCCUGAUUACUGUAGAUUAUAGCCUGUAUUAUGUGCUUGCUAUUGCUUAAUGUGAAUUGUAAAAAAUUCAAAAUAAAUUCUAGAAACUUCUUAAAUGUUACAAGCUAAAAUAAAGUUAUAUUUUUAAUAUCUA